UAGCGAGUAGCGGCUGGCAACAUUGAAUAAACAAAAUGUCAAAACCCGAAAUCGACAACGAUGGGUUUCAGAAAGUAAAAUCAAAACGAAUUUCUAGAAACAAACCCACGAAAAUACCAAGCAGAGAUAUACAAUUUGAUAAACUAGACAUUGAAAUAGACGUCGAUAAGACCAUUCAACGGAUUAACUGCGCUAUAGACGAUUUGCGACUUUCUAGCUACUUGGAGGACAUUAUAAAUUCCGUGAGUAGCAUAUUAAAGGAAAGAAAAGUUAUAGAAAUAGUUUGUUUAGGACUUGGACAUAUAGCUGAAUGUAACAUUUCAAAAUACCAAUUAGCUCUGUUGUUGUGUCUAAAGGAUCAUUGUAAACCUUCAAAAGUUUUAGUACAUGAUCCUAUCUUCUAUAAAAAGGAAUGUGAAGUCUUAAAAAAGUUAGGGCUAGAAGUUAUUUUAGAAAAUAGUGAAGGUGGUUAUAUAAUAUCUGAUAAAGCACCUACUCUUGUGUAUUUACCUCAUUGCCCAAAACAACUGACAAAUAAUUUCCUUUGGAGCAACUGGGGUGUUAAUUUACAUAACUGUUUACUUAUCUGUAACAGUUUUCAAUCAUUAUUUGACAAUCAACCUAGUAGAAUAUUAUCCGAAACAGUCCCAUACAUAUUAAAAAUAUUCCCUCAUACUUCUGAAGAAACAUUACUAAAUAACUUCAAAUACACUGACAUUUUUAAUGACACUGCUAUCCAUUACUUUACUAAAGAAAAUCUAGAACAACUUGACCCAGACUUUUGGGUCAAAGGUGACAAACCGACAUAUGAAAAUACUGAAGAAUUUAUAACAUCUCUCAUGGUAAAGCAGCUGAACAUUUAAUUUGUUUGAAGGUAUAAAAAUGGCAUCAAUCUCUACAAAGCCCGCAUUAGUAACACUUCGGCAAUUAUUGUCAGAGUUACGUAAACAGAGCUCUUCAUCAAAGCUUACGGAGAAUCAAAUGGUUCAGUAUAUAUUCAGAGAAUACAGAAAAUAUCAGACUACGGAUCAACAGUUAUGCAAGGCAGCUGAUGAGAUGCAUUUCAGAGCCAAGUCCUACUAUGAUUAUCUGCACCACUCAAGAAGGUACAAAGAAAUCAAUGCAGAGUUCAAAGGAAAGGGAGAAAGGAGUGUUGAAGAAACGGCAAGGAUGGUUGGUUUCAAAAUGCCACAUGAACCUAAACCUUAACAUUACCUAUAAAAGCAUAAAAUCAAAUGUAGACUUAGUUUUCUGUAAAUAAAUGUUCAUAUAAUAGUUUAUAAAA